AUGUCCAAUUACCAAAGCGGCCCAGACCCGCUGGACUUUAUUAUUCCCGAUGAAGCUACACCCCAGCCUGCUCCUUCACAACCUGCCAGCUCCGGGUUUUCCUGGGCACCAAAAGUCGACCUUUCCUCGGCCUUCAGUCCGUUUAUAAAAUCACCCCAGUUUCAGCAAAACAACACGAUCCGUGAACGCCAGUACUCCGGUGGCGACACUUUAGACGAGCCCGUGUGGCACACUUUGAAACGUGACUUGCUCCAGAUCGGCCGCCGUUUGGCUGUUGUUGUGUGGCCUGCUCAGCUUAAACAAUUGGCAUACAAGAACCAGCAGAACUUACUCAAUUUUGCCCUGAACAACGGCGUCAGACUUCCUUCGCUGCUUGCACAUGCUACGCUGGUUCCAGAGGACGAUGAAGAUUCCCAGGGACUGGACGACGUGGCCGCUUUAGACUGGGACUUGUGGGGACCCUUGACUUUUUCAUUGGCAUACUCGGUUACCAUGGGCCUUUUGGCGCCUAAACUGCAGACCAACGUUGUUUUCUCGGGAACCUUCUCUUUCACGUGGCUCUUCUACUUGGUUGUGGGCUUGAACAUCCAGCUUUUGGGCGGAACGAUCUCCUUCUUGUCGGCUAUCUCAGCUACAGGAUACAGCAUGUUCCCAUUGGUGGUUGGAGCACUCGUCAAUGGCCUCCUUAUCAAGUGGCGCUUUAUCCGUUUGAUCAUCAUGUUCGUUCUCAACGCCUGGAGCGUGUAUGCUGCCCAGAUGAGCCUACGGUGCCUGGGAGUGCUUCCGGGAAGAGUGUUUUUGGCAAUCUACCCGGUGGCCUUGAUGUAUGCUGUUCUUAGUUGGCUUGUUGUUAUUACAUAG